GAGAUUAGCAGCGAAAUACAAGAAUCUAAUCAGACUGGCUUUUGCGUUACCUGGACACAGACGGGGAGGAGUAUAUUUAAGGAAGUCGGAGACGGCAGCAACCCCCAGUCGAUGCAACUCCUUUGUUUGGACAACAAACUAUGAAGCACUGCGGAGCAACUCUUUUCCUCGCCUUCGUGGCUUGCACCACCAUCGCCCAAAUGCAGGAAUUCGAGAACCUCUGUCCGCCGAGAGGAUUCUGUUUGGGCCAUUGCAAGUUCGGAGGAUGCGUCAAAAGAGCCGCCAGGCAGGACGAUAUGGGACCCUUCUGGGCUAACCGCGGCAAAAGGGAGCCGUCCUAUUUCAAGGAUACGUUCUAUGCUGAUGAACCUAGGUGGUUGCUGAUGCGUCGCGACGAGCCAGAGGAGAUAGAUCCUUUCUUCACGGCUCGUGGAAAGAAGCAUGAAGAAGAGGAUGCUAGGCUCAAAGUGAAGAAGUACAUCGUCCUUGACGAGUCUCCCUUCAUGGCAGCCCGUGGAAAGAAGACCUUUCAGUAAACCGAAGUAUUUAACCAUUAGGUAUAUCCAUAAAUAAACGUAUUUAGCGUAGUACAAAAACUAAUCAUUCCAUCAGUUUAUUUCAAUGAAUAAACAUGGAAAGAAAACCAAAACUAUCUUCAUGAGAUAAACAAAAUUAGUAAAAUGAAUACAACAGUUAUAUUUAUGAAUAAACGUAUUUAGUG